GAAGCAGUGUGUGGAGCUUCCGGAGCUCCAAAGAGCAACAGGUGUCAGGUCAGCACAAUGCAAACAUUAGUUGCCAAAGCCAAUGCUGGACGAGGCCGAAACAAUUCUGGAUCGCCUUAUCGACGUCUCCUCGUUUGUUUCUGGCUUGUCCAGCAACGAGGCAAGAAGAGGAUUCCUUCCACGGAGAACUUCCGGAUUAAGAACGAGAAAGGCAAAGAGAACAAAAAAAGAGACACACAAAGGAUCAACUCGACACAACGGAUCAUCCAAGGAUUGAUAUUCUCGGCGUUCUGACACUUGGUGAGAACGUGUGGCCUCCUCGAGUUGUAUUUUCAAUUCUUCGAGUGCCUACAAGUGAUCCAAAAUUCGUCAGUUUCAAUGCACGGUGGGAGCGAGAAUGGUGCCUUGAAGAGCUCCUUCAUUUCCAAACUAUGAUCAAGACUGUGAAUAAGCCUUCAACAAAGAAAAUGUUACCUCGUUCUUGAACGUUUCAAAUCUAAAAUCGUUGAAGAUCCUCCACAUGUUUUCCAUCCCGGAAUAAUCCCGGGGUCAGCCGUCCAACCGUCCAACUACGUACAUUACUGCCCAAAUAGGCACGCACACACCCAUUAUAUGUACCCAUUCGCCCCAAGGUUUGCAGAUUGAGCACGGCGCUGAACCCACCUUGAGUACACAGUGAGUGAGUUGGUGGCUUGUAAAUUGAAACCACCGCUCAUUGGCUCGCGAACAGAUCUCGGCGGUCUGGCGUCCGCUGGAGACAUUAUGGACGGAGUCACCGAGGAUGGCGGGAAACUUUGCGGGGAGCGGCGAGAGGGCGCAACGGAUGAGGAGGACGGAGAAGAGGAGGAGGAGGAGGAGGAGGAAGGGGACGGCGAGGACGAGGCGAGCGCGAACGGCGGUGAGCAGCCCCAUUUCCGAGAGAUUUGUGGGCAGGAUGGGGAAGAUGAAGUGGGUUGUGAUCUUCCUAUGGAUGCUACUUAUGGGGAGACCUCGGGGAACGGUGCGCUUCUAACGGACCCUUUGGUGGGCUCAACUCCGAAGGGAGAUAUUAGCACGGCAGCAUCUCCAGUCAUCAUUACCCCAUCAGAUCUUGGCCAGGGCACGGCACUUCAGACCCUCUCAAUUUCCCCCACUCCCAAUGACGGACAAGUGGAGUUUCAUUCCUCGGAAGUGUUGACCGACCUCUCAGGGCCCUAUGAUCUAACUCCACGCUGGUUCAAUCUGCCCUUGAAUGGUGAGAGCUUCGACACCAGUCCAGGACUCAAAGGUUUGGAAACGGUAUACGGCGAAACACUUGGCUUGGCCAAAUGCUUCUUGCCAUCGAGCUUGGAUAAGCCUUCCUCGAUUAUUGACCCCAAUGGCAAUCCCACGGGAGCUGAGCGAAACAGUUCCUCUCCUGAAGUGAUAAACGUGGCGGAUCUUGGUGGAAGCAACGGACAUUUGGGCGGAGGCCAUCCCGGUGGGGUGGACGGACUGGAUCCCAACCUCUUAGAUGAGGUCAGUGUGGGCAUGACCAACCCCAUGCAAAGUGCAACCGUGGCCUCGGCCUCCAACAGUGAGGGUGGGGGUGAUGUGACUGGUGCAGGAGGGGUGGGGGAGAACAGUGCCAUCAACAACGUCUCCCAGCAGUACAUGAAUCAGUGGGGUAACGGUGCCAACACCAACGGAGGCUCCAGUGGGAGUUCAGCCUAUUACAAUCGAGGUCGGGACCUGAACUCCGUCUCCGAUUACUCCUAUGCCGCUCUCUAUGGUGCCAACAAUUAUGCCGCCGCCGAUCCUGCAGCCCUGGCCGCUGCCUCGUACUACCAAAUGGGCAGCACCUUUCCCGCCACGGGUUCCACGGGGCAAGUUGGUUCCGGGUUUGGCGCCACGGGGAAAUUCGAUUACAACAGUUAUUACGGGCCCUACAUGGCAGCAGCGGCCGCCAACUCCUGUUACCUUGGCGGAGGCUACUCAAGCUCAGGGUACGGGAAUGGCGGGGCCAGUUCCAGCGGGUCCUUGGCCCAGCCCCAGAUCUACCACCUCAGUAACCUGCCCCCGCCGGCUUCCAUCACUGAGGGUCCAAAUGUCGUUGAUCCGGAAGUCAUGAAAUCCCCAGCUCGGAAACCGUCAAAAAGUGGCCGCUCCUCUAAAACACGUCGAAACAGUCAGAGUCCAGAUCCGGAAAACCAGACCGAACGGGUGUUCAUCUGGGACUUGGACGAAACCAUUAUUCUUUUUCAUUCCCUACUUACCGGAACCUUCGCUAAUCGAUACCAGAAGGAUCGCGCGCAUUUACACAAUUUAGCCCAAAAGAUGGAGGACUUGAUCUUCAACGUGGCCGACACCCAUUUUUUCUUCAACGAUCUGGAGGAAUGUGAUCAAAUCCAUAUUGACGACAUGGCCUCCGAUGAUAAUGGUCAGGAUCUCUCUAGUUACAAUUUCGCUUCGGAUGGGUUUCGAACUGCCAAUUCAGGCAAUGAGGUCUACUUGGCAACUGGGGGUACGAACUACAGUAUGAGAGGUGGCGUGGAUUGGAUGCGGAAACUUGCCUUUCGAUUUCGGAAGAUCCGAGAGAACUACAAUUUGUAUCGGAACAAUGUGGGAGCUUUGCUCGGGUCACCUCGCCGAGAACAAUGGAUGACCAUUCGCCAUGAUCUAGAAAGCAAUACCGAUGAAUGGCUCUCAAGGGCAUUCAAUUGUCUCCGGAUCAUCAACUCACGGCCGAAUUGCGUCAAUGUCAUUGUAACCCAAACCCAAUUGGUGGCAGCCCUGACCAAGGUGCUCCUAUUUGGUUUAGGUCCUAUUUUCAGUGUGGAGAACAUUUACAGUGCAGCCAAAAUCGGAAAAGAUGCUUGCUUUGAAAGGAUUGUUCAAAGGUUUGGUCGGAAGACCACCUACGUUGUAGUUGGUGAUGGGUCUGACGAGGAGAUGGCUGCUAAAGGCAUGAACAUCCCGUUUUGGCGAGUCACGGGCCCCAAUGAUCUGUCUCGCCUCUCUGCUGCCCUUGAUAAGCAACUCCUUUAAGGGGACUCUCUCCUUUGACACCUUUGACCAUGAUUGCGGCAACCCUAUGUUUCAAGCUUAUGUUGUUUUAGCUUGCUGUCAUUAUUGUAUAAUUCGGUGUAUUUCCCCUCAAAUCUAGUAUUGGUCAUCUAAGAAUACAUGAAUUUUCUCUGUGA